AUGUCCUUCGGCGGGUGGCUCGCGCAGGAGGCCCUGCACGCUGCGUCGCAGGGGGUGCUCCUGUGGGCGGCGCGGGCUGAGUGCCCGCCGUGCACCUGCAAGCCUUCGCUGGUGCCCUCGGGGACCUGGCCGCUGUCGGCCGUGCUGCUGGCCCUGGUCUGCGGGCUUAGGGCGGGCGCUGUCCCGGCGCGGGCGCUCACGCCCGCUGCGCCAGCCCGGGCGCCUGCCAGGGUCGAGAGGCCCAUUGACCCGACGUCCACGGCGGCCGCCGCCGCCGCGGGCCACCUCCUCGCCACCCUCGGGCUGGACGAGGGCGACUUCGUGCUGAUCGGGCACCAGGUCGGAGGGGCGCGGAUCUGGCAUGAGCGCCUCAUGUUGGUCUUCCAGGCCACUCCCCCCUUCGGCACGAGCAUCUUGACGCCGGACGGCCACGGGUACAUCGAGAUCAUCGUCAGCGGCGGCGCGGACGUUGCGGAAUUCUGCGUCCUGGCAGCAGCUGGAGACGCCUCAGCCUCGACAGGCGCCGACCAGGUGUACCGCUUUCGCGCCUUGCCCUUGCCUGUAGCCGUGGCCGCCACCGCCAACUCCACCAGGGCGUCGCUUGGCCUGGUGCCGGGGCCCCUGGUGGCCCUGAACACCGCGGACCGCGCCAUCGUCGCCGUCGCCACUGCGGCGGCUGCCCCUGGAGCCGGCGGCGCCGCCGGCGGUCCCGCGGCUGGGGGCCUGGCAGGGCUCGCGUCGGCGCUUGGAGGGGGGGCCCCCGCGGCCGGAGGGGCACCCGCGGCUGGAGGUGCCGCCAGCGCCCUGGUGCCUGCCGUCGCUCCCGCGGCGGCCGCGUCGGGAGGUGCCCUCGUGCCGGCGGCUGCUGCGCCGGCAGCUGGCGCUCUUCCGGCAGCGGCCCCUGGUGCUGACGCUGCCCCGGCCGCCGCCGCGAUGGCCGCCGCGGCCGGAGCGCGCGGCGCUCCUGGCCCGGGUGCAGGCGGCCUCGCGAACGCGUUGGCGGCGGUGGCGGCGGCCCCCAGCGGCGACGCGAGGAUGCAGGCCAUCGUCCUCGACUUGCAGGGCGUCCGCUAUGUCGACUGCAGGGCCGCCGCCGCGAUGCGCAUGCACGAGCUGCCGUGGGGCGACUGGCCUCUCAAAGGCCCCCUGACCUUGCUCAGGGAGGAGCUCUAUCGCGACAGGUUCGAGCCGUCCUCCGAGUGCGGCCGCGACGCGGCCCUGCUGUCAGGCGUCCAGGACGCUGGCGGCAGCAUCUGCAUGGCCCCGGCGCUGCGCGACUGGCUGGCGGCCGAGAAGACUCGCGAGGCGGCCGUCGCCAAGGAGAGGGCCGCGGGCGUCGAGGCCAUGGGGGCGGCGGAACCCCCAGCGCCGAUGGCUGAGAAGAGCCGGGGGGGCAAAUGGGCCAUUGCGGCUUCGACCGCAGGCCCCUGGCCGCCAGGGACUGGUCGCCAGCGCGACGUCUUCCCGCUGCUGGUCUCGCCGGCUGCUGCUCCGCGUGGGAUGGAGGCUGCCGGCCGCCGCUCAGUCCGGCGCUGCGGUCUUCGCGCCCAUCGUGAGGAUCGCAUUCGGGCCGCCACCAAUGCGUUGCAUUCACUCUAUGGCUUUGAGUCCUCGCCAGCGGCUCCGGCGCACGAGGGGCAGUGCCAAGCCAUUAUGCACAUAGAGCGCAGCAUCAAGGAUUGGGGGGCGCCGCCGCCCGAGUUCACUGACGCCCGUGCUGCCCCAGACGGAGCCCUCCAGGAGCCCCUCUCAAGCGCCGACCUAUGCGGUUCCGGCGCCGCCUCGUCAUCGCCUUACAUCCGCGACCGAGUCGCUUGGCCCUCCGGGGGCGCUGCGCCUGUCGACGUGCUCGACCUCGCGCAACCUCGCGAUUGGGCGUGGCCGGAGGGAUGGCGGAGCCAUGUGCUUCGAGAUCGGCGUGCCGCCGAGGCCCUGGCGCAGUCGGCCUGCCCGCGCGGGCCCUACUGCGACCCGAGACUGUUUCGUGACGCGAGCGCCUACGGCCAGUUUUUGAUGCAGAUGCACCAGAGGCAGAGAAUCACCUGCACUGCGGACAUCG